AUGAAUACCCAGUCCUCACUGCGCAUCCUGCAAGCUGUCCUCCUAUCUGGCCGUCAGCAGCUCUGUGCGCAGCGGCCAAAGAUACAACGUCGAUGUUUUCGUUCCAGCCUAACACAGCAGACAGAUGGCGUGUACAAAGCCUUGACAGAGAUGCGUGUGCGGACACCAUGGAUCGAGGCUCUUCGACAAAGCAAGGAGGACAAGACUCAGAACGCCAACCUGCCCAUUGAACCAAUCAAGCCAGAUCUAACGCCCAAAAGGAUGUCAGACAGCUAUUUCAAAUGUGUGCUGCCUCUCGCUCAGGACCCCUGGCUGCUCGAUACGUACGCCAAUUCAUCCGGCCAGAUCCGUCUGGGUACUCUACUCAUGGACCUCGAUGCUUUAUCCGGAGUCGUGGCGUACAAGCACACAGGAGAAGGAGUUACUACGGUCACCGCUGCUGUUGAUCGGAUCACUAUUAAAAACCAACUUCACGAGAUCUGUGACCUGGAAUUGAGUGGCCAGGUGACGUUCGCUACGGGACGCAGCAGCAUGGAGGUAAGCCUUAAAAUAGCAAAAGUACCUCCCAAGGAAGCUGAAAGGGUCAAAGAGGAGGACGUUUUUAUGACUUGUGCUUUCACAAUGGUAUCCCUCGAUCCCAUCACCAAAAAACCUGUCAACGUCGCCCCACUCAAACUUGAAAACGACGCGGAAAGGCAGCUUUACGCUAGGGGAGAAGAAAACUACAAGAGCAAAAAGGCGCUGAAACAUACGGCUAUAACGCAGAAAGCACCCAAUGCAGAGGAAUCAGCGCUGCUACACAAAAUGUGGACGGACUCGCUGGCAUUCCUAGACUCAUUCAACCCUGCUCAAAAACCUAACAACGUAUCUUACAUGAGCAAAGCAACUGUCUAUUCUGCCCAGAUAAUGCAACCACAAUACCGAAACAGGCACAACUUCAUGAUCUUCGGUGGCUACCUCCUAAAGCAGACUUUCGAGCUAGCAUUCACAUGCGCAGCAGCAUUCUCCCACACGAAACCCAACUUCCUCAGUCUCGACCCGAGCACCUUUGAGAACCCCGUACCAGUCGGAAGCGUGCUCUACCUCUCCGCUGGUGUGACGUUCACAGAGCCUGAUAUCAACGGCGGUACCCGGAUUCAAGUGAUCGUGACGACCAAGGUGCGCAAUGUCGAGCAUAAGGAGCGAAAGAGUACAGGAACAUUCUUCUACACCUUUCAUGUCGACAACGAUGUCCGGAUCAUGCCACAGACCUACGGUGAGUUUAUGCGCUGGGUGGACGGACGAAGAAGAGCCCAAAGAGUGACGGCAAGUCUGAAAGCUAACGAAGAGGCUGGCAAUACACAUGAUACCAUUGGCACCGCUUCGACGGAGCGAGUCACGGAGUGA